AUGUCAACUGAACCAUUCACACAUACAUUACAACAAUUACAAGUUAGAUUUAAUCAUGAUAGUAAUCUUAUCGGUAGUCUAAAUUUUAAAGAUGGUUUUCUUCGAAUGGAAGUCUUACAUACAUUUAGUUUUAUCAAGUCAUGCAGUUGCCAUUUAAUUAUAGAAUGGAUACUUGUUAAUGUAUUAACUUCUUUUCGUCUUAUGGCAAUUUUACGACCAAUAAAUUUCUCUCUUGUUAUUGAUGUUGAUGAUCUGAGUCAAAUGAGUAAUUCAGCACUGUUUACAGAUUCUCGUCAUAUUCAUAUUCAUUAUGCUUUAAUUAUCAAUGAUGAUCGAUUGGAUAUUGCUAUUAUUAAUAAUGUACCACAUGGUAGUCAAUCUCAUUCUCGUCAAAUAGCUAGUGCAACAUUUAUUUCUUAUUGUUGGACAGAUAAUCAACCAUUUAUAACUCCGGAUGUAACAUAUGUAAGUUCUAAUUUAAUAAAUAUUCGGGAUUAUUGCAACGAUAGACAAUAUUGA